AUGCCCAAAACCCUCACUGUGGCCGUCGCCCAAUCCCGCACCCUCGAAACAACAUCCUCCACUCUCGCUGCUCUCGAAAGAACAACCCGUCACGCCUCAUCCCGUGGUGUUCACGUCCUCCUCUUCCCGGAAGCAUAUCUCGGCGGAUAUCCACGAACAUGCUCCUUUGGCACAGCAAUUGGCGCUCGUGACCCUGCCGGUCGAGACCAAUUUUUGGAAUAUUUCAACUCCGCAGUUGAUCUGGGUGAUACACCAUCCGGUGCGGGGGAUGACUGGGUUGAUAGGAAAUUGCCCUGUGCUAAGGGGAAGGAGUAUCGCGGCGAUGGCACAAGAGAGUUCCUGGAGCGUGUAGCGAGUGAGACGAAUGUGUUUAUUGGCGUGGGGCUGAUUGAAAGGGCUGGGGGGAGUUUGUAUUGUGCUGUUGUUUAUGUCGACCCCAAGAGGGGAAUGCUGGGAAAGAGGAGGAAAGUUAUGCCAACAGCAACAGAACGCCUAAUCUGGGCCCAAGGCUCUCCCUCAACCCUCAAAGCCGUAACAGCCGAAAUCAACGGCGUGAAUUUGACUAUCGGAUCAGCAAUCUGCUGGGAAAACUACAUGCCACUUCUCCGCCAGAGUCUAUACUCUCAAAACGUCAAUUUGUAUCUUGCACCUACGGCAGAUGGGAGAGAUACAUGGCUCCCGCUUAUGCGAACAGUGGCAAUUGAAGGGCGUGCUGUGGUGUUAUCUGCUAAUCAAUGCGUGCGAAAGACCGAGUUGCCGGAUUGGAUUACCGGAUCUACUCUUGAUGGUACAUCAGCAAAACCCUCCACAGCUAUGGCAGGCAACAAAACAGAUGUAGAAACCAAAUCCCAAGAACCCCAAGAAAUCACCUGGCCACAAUCAGCAGGCGAACAACUCCAUCCAGACAAGAAGCGAGAUCAAAUGUACGCCAGUCUAGCCGUCGAGAACGAGCAAGGGCCCAUUACCAAGCUGAAGAAAAAGGGUCUUGCGCAGCAAUCUUUUCUCCCAAACUCAGCGUCAAAGAAAGACCCAGCAACAGAAGAAUACAUCUGUCACGGAGGGUCCUGCAUUAUCGGUCCUUUGGGGCAGAUCUGCGGUGGUCCUAUAUGGGACGUCUGCACUGAUGAUAAUGAUGAUGUUACUACAGUAGGAGAUGGGCUAGUCAUUGCCGAAAUUGACUUUGAGGAUUGUGCCAGAGGAAGGUUGGAUCUGGAUGUGGCUGGGAGUUAUUCACGGAAUGACUCUUUCAAGCUUACGGUUGAAGGGUUGGAUUUGAACCCGCCUCCUUUUUAA